AUGGAACAAAAUAAUUCUAAUAUCGAAGACCAAAACCAAACUCAAGCACUUGAAGCACCUAUCAGAGUAAACCACAACAUCCCAGCCGAUAUCUCCGAUGAAGAUCUUGAAGUUCGUUACGCAGAGCAUCUUGAAAACCACCCUAUAAAAACUUUGAUCAUGGUCAACGAGGAAGAAAAUGCCACAAUAAUUACGAGCCACAGUCUUGGAGAGGACGGGGAUUGGACGGCGCACGAAAUUGUACUUGACCAUCCUCAUUCUGCGAAGGAAGAGAAGAAAGAGAUCCCAGCAGAUGCUACGUUCGAUGAUUUGGAGAAUGUCUUUAGCGAGGUGGAUACCACCGAAGCCGAAGCUGAGCAGCAGGACACGACGCAUCAGGACAAACCCAAGGAAAAUAUCAGCAAAUACCACAAAAAGCGACUCGCUUCCCUUCACCGCGAGAAAGUAGUCAUGCUUCGAAAAUCUCAAGAGAUUAUUACUGAACAGAACGAUCUCGCCCAAUAUUCAACUGGAGCGGAAGUUAGAACCCAUGAUCCUGGACUCCACCGACGGAGCAUGCUCGUUGAGCUGAAAACCUUUGCUCUCGGAAUGCAAAGCACAAGAUGGGAGAAUAAAAAGAAGGUUCUUGAGGAGCAUAUAGCUUUUGCUGCAACGCCUGAAGGGGCAGCAAUUGAAGAGUUGAAGAGGCUACAAGAGAAAGAGAAAGAAAGGGGAAAGAAUAAGAGGAAGCGAGCCGAGAAGGCCGAGAAGGCCAAGCUGCAGAGAAAGUCGGAGAAACACGAUAUUUUUAGUGGCGAGGAUAGCGAGGGGAUGGGAAGAAAGAGGUUUCGUGGCAAAGACGGUCACCGGGUGAAUAGGCAUGAUGGAAGAGGCAGGAGGGGUAGUGGUAGGGCGAGAGGUGGAAGAGGAGAUGGAAGGGGAAGAGGUAGGGGACGAAGACCUGACAGGAACGAGGGCUCUGAGAAGCCUCUAGUUAGGGCCAAUAACUAA